UCAAUUUUAUUGACUGGAAGUUUGAAAACAUGGAAACCGUUUUACAUCCGGAAAGAUUGGAUUUGGACCCCCAAGACCUUGAAGCAGCUUUUGCUUUUGAACUCUGGCUUGCAUGCUUCCAAUCAUACUUGGAGGAGGUUCGUGCGACUGACCCUGCUGUUAUGCACAGAAUUCUCCUCUCGAGGGUCACCCCAAAAGUUUAUUCAAUUAUCAGAGACCUGCCGACCUACUAUGGGGCACUGGACGCCCUCAAAAGACAGUACCUGCGGCCUGUGAACACCAUCUAUGCAAGACAUCGCUUAGCUACCCGGCGACAGCGGCCUGGAGAAUCGAGCGCCGAGUUUUUCCGAGCACUACAGACACUCGUCCGAACUUGUGACUGCAAGACGCUCACGGCAGAACAGCAUGCAGAGCUGCUAGUACGGGAUGCCUUUGUGACAGGACUGAGGUCAGUGUACGUGCGCCAGCAGCUGCUGGAAAAAGCCGAUCUUACCUUACACUCGGCGAUCGAGACGGCCGAUACUCUGGAAGCUGCGCUGCACAACGCUGACACUGUCCAGCCGCGCGAUUCCCCGCCAGUUCCGUGGAUGCCUCAGACCCCGCCACCGCCGGUUCCCGCGAGCGAAUUCGCCAACGCCGCUGCCAGUCGCGAUUCCACGAGCUCCCCGAACCCAACCAUGGCUGCGGCCCGUCAAAAGCCCGUGCUGUGUUAUUUCUGUGGAGUCGGUAAACAUCCUCGAAAACGCUGCCGGGCGCGAGAAGCGACCUGCUCCAGCUGUGGAAAGUGGGACCAUUUCGCCAAGGUCUGAAGUCUAUCACUGGGACCACUCUACCAGUUUGGCUGACGUCCCCGGGGCCAGUGCUGCUCCGGAAACAUGUGAGGAGUAAUAAAUACUCCCUGCUGGUCGAGAGGGUUCACCUUCUACAUGCAAACCCCCAGUAUGCCUACGUGGUCUUACCUGAUGGGCGGGAGGACACGGUCUCCGUCCGCGACCUGGCGCCCGCAGGUGCAGCAGGCCACUACCCUGAAGACUCUCCGGUAACUAUGAUUCCUGUACCCAAGGUGACACCGCGCUCACCAGGCCCUACACAGAC